ACGGCUUGUAGCAAUGGAAUACCUGGGUGUGUUCGAUUGAUUCUAUCACACUUCCCUGCUACGGCUAAAAGUUCUAUACUAUUUGAAUUAUUUAACGAUGUCAUUAAAUGCAUAAACGAUGCUGCUAGUUGGCAGAUUAUUCGAUUAUUAUUAGUGAAAAUAACACUCAGAGAUAUGAUGGACACGUGUAAUAAAUGUGAAGACACUCAACAUCUCCUAAGAUUCUUUCCUAUGGAUAAUGAAUACUUUCAGUUAAGUGAUGGAAGGACAACUAUACUUCAUUUAGCAGCUACGUCUGGUGAUCUAGAAUACUUGACUACUAUUAUUUGUUUAGGCUUUGAUAUAAACAGAUUAGAUAGUGAUGGCUACACUCCUCUACACAGAGCUUUUCAAUAUGGCUGUGUAUCAAUAGCUAAAUGUCUUAUUAGUCAACCCAACUGUGAAACAUCAAGUAAAGAUUACUAUGUGGUGCUGUUACAUGUUGCCGCUAGUGAAUUAGGUGACCUAUCAUUAGUACAGAGUCUGGUGGAAAGAGGUGUUGAUGUUAAUAUUAGUAACUGUAAUGGUACAACUGCAUUGCAUUAUUCUUGUCGUUGGGGUCACUUAUCAAUUGUAGAGUAUUUGACAUCUCUUCCUCAAUUAAAUUAUACAAAAGAUACUUGGGGUAGAACAAGUAUUCAUUUCUCGGCGGAGUUUGGGCAAGCACAUGUUGUCAAGUAUCUUGUUGAAUCAUGUAACCAUGAUGUUAAUGUAGAGGAUAAGUAUGGCAAUACUCCACUGUACAUGGCAUGUGUUUAUAAUCAUUUACCAGUAGUAGAGUAUUUAACAGCACAACCAAACUGUAACAUUAAUAGUAAUAAUGGGAGUCAUCCUCUAAUAGCAGCAGCAGAUAAGGAACAUUUAGAAAUAGUGAAGCAUCUCAUUGAAUCUGCAGGUUGUAAUAUUAAUGUUAGAGAAAGGGGAACAGGUUUCACUCUGUUACAUAAAGCAUGCUAUAAUGGAUCACUUUCAAUAGUAGAAUAUUUGAUAUCUAAGCCACAGUGCGACAUUGAAGUUAUAGACAUUAAAUUAAACCAACCACUUCAUUAUGCAGCAUGUCAAGGACACAAGAAAGUAGUUUCAAUUGUAGGAAAGAAAGUGAGUCAGGAUGGUUUAUUUAAAUGUAUAGCAUCAGCAGGACAACUAGCCGAACCAGAUAUAAUGAAACUAUUAAAUGAUUGUUCUGAAGAUAGGAAAUCAUUAAUUAAUGCAUGUCAAUCAGGAAGUGUAGACAUUGUACGUCAUCUAGUGAUUGACAAAGAUUAUGAUGUUAAUGCUAAUGAGAGGUUUGGCAAUGGCUAUACACCACUACAUUAUGCAUGUGAAAAGGGUAAUUUUGAAAUUGUUAGAAUUUUAACCACUAAUCAUCUACAAUGUAAUACUGAAGUUGAGAACAGUUUUAAGGACAGACCACUACACAAAGCAUGUGAAUCCGGAAAUUUAGACAUUGUAUGUCAUCUUGUGAUUGACAAACACUGUGAUGUUAAUGCAAAAGGAAGGAAUGGCAAUACACCAUUACAUUAUGCAUGUGAAAACUGUCAUUUUGAAAUUGUUAAAAUUCUGACUAAUCAUCCACAAUGUAAUAUUGAAACUGAAAACUUUUCUUAUGACAGAUCACUACACAAAGCAUGUGAAUCUGGAAAUUUAGACAUUGUACAUCAUCUUGUGAUUGACAAACACUGUGAUGUUAAUGCAAAAGGAAGGAAUGGCAAUACACCAUUACAUUAUGCAUGUGAAAAUUUUCAUUUUGAAAUUGUUAAAAUUCUGACUAAUCAUCCACAAUGUAAUAUUGAAACUGAAAGCAUUUUUAAUGACAGACCACUACACGAAGCAUGUAAAUCUGGAAAUUUAGACGUUGUAUGUCAUCUUGUGAUUGACAAAUACUGUGAUGUUAAUGGAAAAGGGAGGUAUGGCAAUACACCAUUACAUUAUGCAUGUGAAAAGGGAUUUUUUGAAAUUGUUAAAAUUUUGACUACUCAUUCACAAUGUAAUCUUGAAGCUGAAGACAAUUCCAAGUGCAGACCACUACACAAAGCAUGUAUAUCUAGAAAUUUAGACAUUGUACGCCAUCUUGUGAUUGACAAAUACUGUGAUGCUAAUGCUAAAGGGAUGAAUGGUUAUACACCAUUACAUUAUGCAUGUGAAAAGGGCUUUUUUGAAAUUGUUAAAAUUCUGACUAAUCAUUCACAAUGUAAUCUUGAAGCUGAAGACAAUUCUAAAUACAGACCAUUACACAAAGCAUGUGAAUCUAGAAAUUUAGACAUUAUACACCAUCUUGUGAUUGACAAAUGCUGUGAUGUUAAUGCUACAGGGGGUUAUUAUGGCUAUACACCAUUACAUUAUGCAUGUGAAAAGGGUCAUUUUGAAGUUGUUAAGUAUCUGACCAAUCAUCCACAAUGUAAUAUUGAAGCUGAAGAUUAUUGCAAUAGGAGGCCAUUGCAUCUUGCAUUAAAUAAUCAAUUUCCUGAUAUGAAUAUUGUCAAUUAUCUUGUUAAAGAUAAAGGAUGUAAUACUCAGGGGAUAAGAACACAUAACAGGAAAACUCAAAAUUAUCUUCACAUUCAUCAAUCCAGUGGUAUAGCAUUAUUACGUGUCGUUAAGUGUAUAUUGACAGGUCCUCCUGGUGCUGGUAAGAGUACAUUAAAGAAGAGACUCCUCAAUAAAUCUCUUGAUACAGAACCUUCACUUAGUACUGGUGUAAUUGAUGCAGCUGUACCAGUUAAUUCAUUUCGUAAACUAUUACAGCACAAUGCAGUAGUGACUACAGAGUGGAAGGAACAGGAACUCGAUGAAGAAGCUAUACUGAUCACUAAGAAACUAUUACCAGCAAACAACACAUCAGAUGAAAGCGCUAGACCUAGUGCAUCUCAUCAGUUUAAUUUACCAUUUGUAUAUACAAAAACUUCAUUAUUAAAAAAAAAUUCAAGAUCACUAGAAGAAAUAGGCCUAUCUGAUCAACAUGAUGAUACAAGUGUUACAUUUUCACCAACUUUCAUGCACUCUGAAGUAAUUGAUGCAGCAAGUUAUUAUGAAACAGACUCAUUUGCAAAUAUGGAGCAUGAGAAUAUAGUUGAUUCAUGCAGAGCACCUGUCAAUUGUGAGGAGGAAGAAACCAGAACUGAUACUGAAAAGCAAAAUAGCAACAGUUCUGUGUUAAAUGGACUUUCAGAUUAUGUAAUGAAGAUACCUGUUAGAAAAAGACAAGAAUAUGAGUGGAAGUUUAAAGCAAAUGAUGACAAUCACACAAUGUUACACAUCAUUGAUACUGGAGGACAACCCGAGUUUCAUGAAAUAUUACCAGCUCUUAUAACUGGCCCAGCUAUCAAUCUACUGGUAUUCAAACUAACUGAAGAUUUAAGGAGUCGCUAUCAAAUAAUCUAUCGAACCUCUGAUGGUGAUUCUAAACCUUAUGAAACCUCAUUGACACAUGAAGAAGUGAUAUUCCGUUCACUAGCAAGCAUAGCUUGUUUAAGACAGAAUACUAUUGGAUGGAGUUUUGAUGAAAUACCUAUUGAAGAUAAUUCAGAACCUGUUGCCUUCCUUAUUGCUACACACAGAGACCAAGUGGAUGAGAAUAAAGUAAGUGAAGUCAACGAACAGUUACAGAUAAAAAUUAAAAAGAGUUCAGAUUUGUUUAACGAUAACCUUGUACAAUUUUCUGAAGAAGAGCAAGUAAUUUUUCCACUUGACACUACAAAGGAUAAAGAAGAAGUAGAUCACCUUCGUUCUUUCCUUCACAAGGUUAUAUCAAAAAAGUUUCAGGAAUUAGAAAUACCAGCUUCUUGGUGUACUCUUAGUUUAAAAUUACGAAAAAGUAAAAAAAAGCUUUUCAAAUACGAUACAUGUUUCAAGUUAGCUCAAGAGUGUGGUAUCAAAGGUACAGAAGAGUUUAAAAAAGUUUUAUGGUAUUUACAUCACAGAGUGGGUACCAUCAUGCAUUAUCCUAAUGUAGCAGGUUUGGAGGAUAUUAUUAUCACUGAUCUUCAACUAGUGUUUGAUCGUAUCACUAAUCUCAUCACAACAUGCUUCACUUUUAAACAGUCAGGUAGUGCUGCUGUGGGGGAAGAAUUUCGUAAAAAUGGACGCUUUUCAGAGUCACAACUAGAUGAGAUGUCAUUACGAGAGAAAGGUGAUCCACUUAAUACAAAGAAACUUGUAGCACUACUGAAGCAUCUUUAUAUUGUAGCUGGUCCUAUGAAAGAUAAAGUUGGUCGAAAAACGGUCAAUUAUUACUUUAUGCCUUGUGCUCUAAAACCAGCAGAUGUAGAAAGAGAGGAGAGAGGUGGGUCAGUUAGUCCAGCUCCUUUAUUGAUAUGUUUUGAGUGUGGGUAUACUCCUGUUGGUGUGUUCUGUUGUCUAGUAGUGUAUCUUCUUGAUCAGAAGACAGACCAAGUACUGGAAUGGAAGUUGACUGGUAAUUAUCAAUAUCGUAACAGGAUUACCUUUCGAGUUGGUCAAUACCAUGACACAGUUACCUUAAUCAGUUGUGCUACUUAUCUUGAAGUGUGGGUUCAGCAAAUAAAAGGCUCAAAGCUGUCAACAAAUGAUUUAUUAUCAUCAUUGCACAAAGGACUAGUCACAGUCACACAAUCACUUCAUUACACUUACAAGUCAAGGCAUGAGUUUGGUGUAGCAUGUACAUGCACUGCAGUACCUCAUCCUGCUGUGAUUGACUUUAAUGAAAGUGCAACUAUGUGUGUGAAUGGAAGAAUAGUGGAGUUUAAUGAGAAGCAAUUAUACUGGUCUAAGAAGGUUGUUGAACUGAAUAACACAAUACAAAAUCGAAACAGCAAAAUAUCGUCUCAAACUGAAUCCCACAUUCCUAGAAGUUCUUCAUCCCAUGGCACAGCUGCAGUAGAUAUAGAAGUUUGUCCUAGAGAAUUGUUUCGUCAGCACUCAGCUGACAUUACCCAGUGCAUCUCAUUAGAUGUAAUGCGUGUUGCUGAUAGACUGUUUGCUGCAAAAGUGAUACCUGAACAAUUAAGAAAUGAAAUAUCCAAUGUAACUAGUUUAGAUGACUAUAGAAAAGCCAGCAAAAUGACAGUUCACAUUCAAAAUACUCUCAGCUAUCAUACAAGUCCCAUUGAGUAUCUUACUGAUUCUUAUGACAGUAAUUUUAAUGAAGGACAGUCCUCUGGUAGUGGCAUUUUACAAAUUGAAAGCAGAGGACACAGGAGACAGAAAAAAGAUGAUGGUUCUCCUGGAGAUUUUACUAGAUUGAAAAAGUCAACAACUCAAACCUCCGAAGUGAUCAGUUUAUUGUCUGAUGAUGACGACGUCCUAAUAGUUGAUCCUCCUCCUCCUUUGGAUAAAGGAUAUGGUAAAAGAUCAACUGGAAAUAAACAACACAGAAAAAAAACUGGUUUUAAGAAAUAA